CAACCACGCCCCGAUUGGGGAAACCAAACGACAUUGGAACGAAAACGAAGUAGGAGUGGGAUCCAAAAUAACUGUCUUCGGCGGGGUGCUCACAUGGAACCGAGCUAGAAGGCGCCACGUGUUCCAUAUGCUGACUCGAAGUUCAACAGAGUCCAAAAGUCAAUUUCAAACCCCACGUUCCGCGCUCUCGUCCAGCCGCCAAUUAUUCCUACUUUUCCCCGAGCAAGCGGCGUUCUCCUCCCUCCGUCUUUCCUCUCAUCCAUAUAAACCCCUCCCAGUCCAACUUCCAAACACAUUUUACGAGACUCUCUUCACUCCCUUUCUCUCCAAGAAACGUCUGACCCCCCUCUCUCUUGAAGUCACAAAUUUCCCAGAAGGAUUACCAGAAAGCAUUCAAGAUACCAUGCCGAGGAAAGGAAUGAGAAGCAUCUGCUUUAGUCCCAGGACUCCCUCCUUCGCCUCCCCCUCGCGGGGCCCCCCGGCCCGCUCCCCCCUGUCCGGGCCGGCCGCGGCCGAGGCCGACAAGGUCAUUGAGGCCGCGGCCCUCCUGAUCAUGAAGUGGAACCCCGACACCUCGACCUACGCCCGCGUGACCUCGCUCUUCUACGAGAGCAAGCGCGAGGCCGCGCAGUUCAUCACCUGCGUCAACAACCUCCAAAAGUCAAUGCACGCUUUGGCAUCGGCUAACUCCGCCGCAGACGAGAGGCUGGUCCAUGCUCAGUUCCUUAUGGAGAUCGCCAUGAAGAGGCUCCAGAAGGAGUUCUACCAGAUACUGUCCCUGAACCGGGCCCACCUCGAUCCCGAGUCUGUUUCAGCCCGGUCGUCCCGCGCCUCCGCACGGUCGAGCAUAUCUGAGUACAGCGAUGAUGGUAAUGAUGAGGCGUGCGCUGCGCGGGACUCCAUCGCCGAGGUGGAGGAAGCCUCCACGGCAGCCAUGUCGGACCUCCGGUCCAUCGCUGAGUGCAUGAUCGCCUCCGGCUACGGAAAGGAGUGCGUCUCCAUUUACAAUAUCAUCCGGAAAUCGAUCGUGGACGAGGGGAUUUACCGGCUCGGUGUGGAGCGACUGAGCACCUCGCAGGUCACGAAGAUGGACUGGGAUGUGCUCGAGAUGAAGGUCAAGAACUGGCUGGGGGCCGUGAAGAUUGCCAUCCGGAGCCUCUUCACCGGCGAGAGGAUCCUCUGCGACCACGUGUUCGCGUCAUCCGACUCGAUCCGCGAGUCCUGCUUCGCAGAGAUCUCGAGGGAUGGGGCGAUGAUCCUUUUUGGAUUCCCCGAGUCUGUUGUGAGGAGCAAGAGGUCGCCAGAGGAGAAGAUGUUCCGCCUCCUGGACAUGUACUUGGCGAUCUCCGAGAGCUGGCCGGAUAUCGAGUCCAUCUUUGCGUUCGUGUCGACUUCCACCGUCCGGUCGCAGACGCUCACCUCGCUGGCCCGGCUCAGCGAGUCGGCCCACUCUAUGCUCUCCGACUUCGAGGCGGCCGUCCAGAAGGACUCACGGAAGUCGUCGCCGCCGGUCGCUGGCGGCGGCGUCCACACCCUGACUGUGCGCACGAUGAACUACCUCACCCUCCUCGCCGACUAUGGGAGCAUCGUCGGGGACAUAUUCGCUGACUGGCCGGGGCCGGCAAAGUCGUCUAUGCCGGAAUCGUGCUUGGACACGGCGCCGGAGUCCGACGAUGCUCCGGCGAUCUCGCUCCGGCUGACGUGGCUGAUCCUCGUCCUCCUCUGCAAGCUUGACGGCAAGGCGAAGCGGUACAAGGACGUGGCGACGGCCUAUCUCUUCCUCGCGAACAACCUCCAACACGUCGUCUCGAAGGUCCGAGCGUCGAAUCUGCAGGACCUGCUCGGAGAGGAGUGGGUCGCGAAGCACGAGAGCAAGGUGAAGCAGUACACCGGGAACUACGAGCGGCUGGCGUGGAGUCAGGUGUUCGCGUCGUUGCCGGAGAGCUCACCGGCGGCGGGGGCAUCGCCGGCUCAGGCGCAGGCGCAGGAGAGGUUCAGGCGGUUCAACACGAGCUUCGAGGAGGCGUACCGGAAGCAGAGCGAGAGCGUCGUACCCGAUACGAAUCUCCGGGAAGAGAUUUUAGCUUCUGUUGGGGGAAGGUUAGUGCAAGCGUACAGGGAGUUUUACGAGGCGCACAGGCACGCGAUAGGGGAGGAGAGGAGCGUGGGGCUUUUUGUCCGAUAUGCCCCUGAGGAUCUGGAAAAUUACCUGUCGGAGCUGUUCUACGGGACGGGCGGCGAUGUCGGGAGCACGUCAUCGACGUCCUCCUCGACAUCGUCGAACCGGCACCAUUCAUGGUCUCGUUGAGAGGCAACUUUUUUGACUUUUCAUUUUCAUAGCGAAUAUUGUGAAUAAAAAUACGUGGGAGAGUACGUUUUGGAUUGA